CUCUCUCUCUCUCUCUCUCUCUCUCUCUCUCUCUCUCUGUGUAGGAAAAUAAAAGUUACUGCCGCAGUCCCACGCACUCCAGAGAGAGAGAGAGAGAGAGAGAGAGAGACCUGCUGAAGUCUCGUGAAGUGUUUCCAUCCCGCACCGAAACUCAUGCGCGUUAAAAAAAAAAAGAAAAAGAAAAGCAGCCCAUCCCUCCUCACGCGCCCCGCCGCACCUCACACCGCAGCGUCUCCGCGCGCUCGGACUGCAGCACCGGAACCGCGCUGGAGCUGCUGGACAACAUUCACACCGCAACUGUGGAAUUAUUAUUCUCUUUGAAGGAAAGAACCGACGUACCGAACACACACACACACACAAUCCGCGCGCGCACGAGAGAGAGAGAGAGAGAGAGAGAGAGAGAGAGACAGUUUCAGUCCGGGAUUUUGAACAAUAAACUAAAUGGAUUCUCACUGCAGGAAACUGGUGUCAACGUGCGUGCAGCUGGAAAAAGAAAAAGCCCAGAGUAAAAGUGAAGACUCUUCUGAUGAUCCGUCGAAGAAAAAGCGGCAGCGGCGGCAGAGGACGCACUUCACGAGCCAACAGCUGCAGGAGCUCGAGGCCACAUUCCAGCGGAACCGUUACCCGGACAUGAGCACGCGCGAGGAGAUCGCCGUCUGGACCAAUCUGACGGAGGCGCGGGUCCGGGUUUGGUUCAAGAACCGUCGCGCCAAAUGGCGGAAGCGGGAGCGCAACCAGCAGGCCGAGCUGUGUAAGAACGGCUUCGGCGCGCAGUUUAACGGCCUGGUGCAGCCCUACGACGACGUGUACCCGAGCUACACCUACAACAACUGGGCGGCGGCGGCUAAAGGGCUCGCUCCGGCCUCGCUCUCGGCCAAGAGCUUCCCGUUCUUCAACUCGAUGAACUCCAUCAGCCCGCUGUCGUCCCAGGCCAUGUUCUCCGCCGCGCCGCCGCCGCCGCCGCCUCCUCCCCCGCCCAGCUCCAUCUCCUCCAUGAGCAUGAGCAUGAGCUCCGGCAUGGCCGUGCCCGCGUCCGGCCUCAACGGCCUCAACAACCUCGGCAACGCGUCGCUCAACUCGCCCGCCGCCGCGUGUCCGUACGCCCCGCCGACUCCGCCCUACGUCUACCGGGACACGUGUAACUCCAGUCUGGCGAGUCUGAGACUCAAAGCCAAGCAGCACUCGAGCUUCGGCUACGCGGGAGUCCAGAACGCCGCCACGAACCUCAGCGCGUGUCAGUACGCCGUGGACAGGCCCGUGUAGAGGCGCAGGGAGGAACACAGCGCGCAGUUCCACUGAAAAUUAUUCAGAACUAACAACAAAUCCCAGGAAAAAUAAAAAUAAAUAAAAAAAAACACACCAGGACAUGUUCUGAUUUUAUUUUCCCGUCACAGAUAGAUAAAUAAAUACAUAUAUACAUUAAAAAUAAAUCAGUCAAAGCGCACGGAGAAUUAAGGACUGAACAUCUCGGGAAUCCCUGGACUUCAUCUCUCUUUUUAUUAUUAUUAUUAAUAUUAUUAUUUUUAUUUUUUUAGUUUUUUUUUCUCCAAAAUAAAACCUGGCACUAUACCGAACAGCGAAUUAAAAGCACCAAGGCUCGUCCUCCUCCUCUUCCUCCUCUUCCUCUUCCUCACCGUCAGAUGGAGUUUGUUUUCAACAAACCAGGAGCAGAAAGAUGGACUUUAAACACCAAACCGGGAGAUUUUUCAGCGGCGGCUGUGUAGCAUAUAGACAAGAGAAGAAGAAGAAGAAAAAACAUACAAAAAUACAAAACCCCUCAUUAAGCUCGAUUUUUCUUUCGCCUUCUGGACUUUAAGUGACUGGACUGUGUGUAAAUAAGUGUCUGAAAAGAUCAUCAUCAUCAUCUUCAUCAUCAUCUCCAGGUUUGUAGAGUCUUCAGGGCCUUUGGUUUAAAAACAAAAAAAGGGGGGGGGGGAAUCACUUUAACACCGCAUGUGAUGAUGAAAAUGUCUUGCUUGCAGUUUAAGGGGAAUGUACAGAACAUUAUUAAACUAAACUAAACUAAACCUGGCGUAUAAAUUUAUUAUUAAAUGUCUGUUGUGAAUAUAGAUUUAGAAUAGAAAACAA